AUAUUCAAAGCUUUCCCACCUGAUUUGAUGCAUGUUUCCUCCUUCCUUUGUCCAAUUAUUAAUACUCUUGCUCCACUUGCUGUUCCACACCAAAUAACUCUAUCAACAAACAACUUUCGGCAAGAAUACUCUUUUCCUUUCUCCAAGUGAAUACUCUUUUCCUUUCUCCAAUGGCCGAAGGAGUCCUCUUCAACAUUGCACAAGGGAUCAUUGAAAGGUUAGGCAAUCUUGUUUUCCAAGAGAUUGCGUUGCUUUGGGGUGUCAAAGAUGACCUCCAAAAGCUGAAGGAGAAAGUUGCCCAACUCCAAGCUGUUCUUCUUGAUGCUGAGCAAAAACAAGCCAACAAUAAUGAAGUCAAAGUGUGGCUUGAAAGCGUAGAAGAUGCAGUUUAUGAAGCUGAUGACGUGCUCGAUGAGUUUUAUACUGAAGCUCAAUGGAGACAAAUGGUGCCUGGAAAUAAUAAAGUGUCAAAGCAGGUACGCAUCUUCUUCUCUAGCUCAAACCAGCUUUUUUUUGGGCUGAAAAUCGGUCAUAAGAUAAAAGAUCUUAACAAGAGACUCCAUGAGAUUGCCUCGAAUAGAACAUUUGGUCUAUUAGAAGGGAAUCAUGAAAAUGUAGAAUUUGUAAGAAGAGAGAAGGUCAACCACUCAUCUGUCCAGGAGGAUAAUAUAAUAGGGAGAGAUCAAGAUAAAACAGCAAUUAUUCAACUUUUGAAGGAUUUGGAUCCCAUCUCUACAGAAAAUGUCUCAACUAUUUCCAUAGUUGGAUUUGGAGGAUUGGGAAAAACUGCACUUGGCAAACUUGUCUUCAACGAUAAGGAGGUUCAAGAUCAUUUUGAUCUGAAAAUGUGGAUAUGUGUCUCCAAUAAGUUUGAAUUGAAUGUACUUACUGAGAAAAUCAUUCAAUCUGCAACUAAUGAGGAACCAAAAAACCUUAGGAUGGAUCAAUUGCAAAGGAACCUUAUGGGAAAGAUAGAUGGAAAGAAAUACCUCCUUAUGUUAGACGAUGUGUGGAAUGAAGAUCGUGAAAAAUGGCUUAGCUUGAAAGACUUGUUGAUGGGUGGUGCAAGAGGUAGUAAAAUACUAAUAACUACUCGUAGUAAAAAAGUUGCAAAGAUAACAGAUACAACUAAACCGUAUAACUUAGGGGGUUUAAGUGAUGCGGAGUCUUGGAAUUUGUUCAAGAAAAUGGCAUUCCAAGAUGGAAAAGAGCCAACGAGUUCAACCAUUAAGGCUAUUGGGGAGGAGAUUGCUAGAAAAUGUAAGGGGGUUCCGCUUGCUAUAAGGACCAUAGGAAGUAUGUUGUACUCCGAACAUCAAGAAUCUAAAUGGUUGACAUUCAAGAAUAACAAGCUUUCAACAAUAAGGCAAAAAGAAGAUGAUAUUUUACCAACACUUAGGCUGAGUUAUGAUGUUCUCCCAUCACAUUUGAAACAUUGUUUUGCUUAUUGUAGUUUGUUCCCGCCUGAUUAUGAGAUUCCCGUAGAGAAUUUAAUUAAGCUGUGGGUGGCACAAGGGUUCGUUAAGUCUUCAAAUCCUAAUGAGUGCUUGGAAGAUGUUGGUUAUGAAUAUUAUAACGAACUAGUUUGGAGAUCUUUUUUCCAAGAAGAAGAAAAAGAUGAGUUUGGUAUAAUAAAAAGCUGUAAAAUGCAUGAUCUCAUGAAUGAACUUGCUGUUAAAGUGGCAGGGAAGGGAAGCACAAUAAUAGAUCGCAAUAAGACUGAUUUUGAUGCAAAACGUCUUCUUCAUGUAUCUUUUGAUUUUGAUGUUGAUUCGUCGAAAUGGAAAAUACCAACAUCCUUGCUGGAAUCAAAUAAGCUAAGGACUUUCCUUUUCCUGAGCCAAAACUGGGAGUGGUGGCUGAAGUCAUUCCAUAAGUCAUUUUGUGCUACAAUUGCUUCAAAUUUUAAGUCAUUGCGUAUGUUGAGUUUGAAUGGAUUGAAUAUUACAACAUUACCAAAAUGUCUUAGGAAAAUGAAACAUUUAAGAUAUCUUGAUCUUAAUGAUAACCAAAAAAUGGAGAGACUUCCAAAUUGGAUAGUCAAACUUCAAAAUUUGGAAACACUAGAUCUCUCAGGAUGUGGCUCUCUUAUGGAAUUGCCUAGAGAUAUCAAGAAAUUGAUCAACUUGAGACAUCUCAUUUUGAAAAGAUGUCAUAAAUUGGCUCGGAUUCCUGGUGGAUUGGGUGAAUUGACUCGUCUUCGUACUUUGAGUAGAUUUGUUUUGAGCAAAAGCAAUUCCAAGUUGAGGGACAGUGCAGGGCUCAGUGAGUUGGGGAAGCUGAAGGAUUUAAGAGGAGAGUUGGAGAUCAGAAAUUUGAGGUACAAGAAAGAUAUGGUGUCAGAAUUGAAUUAUGAUGGUGCAGUUUUGAAGGAGAAACGACAUCUCUAUUCGUUGACUUUACAUUGGAUGCUCAUCGAAAGAGAAAAUAGUGCUGCGGUUGAGGAGGAGAGUGAUGUAAUUAUUAACUCAAUGGAAGCGCUGCAGCCCCAUUCAAGUCUAAAACAGUUAACCGUGGAGUACUAUAUGGGUGCGAGGGUUGCGAGUUGGUUUCUCUCUCUCUCAAAUAUUGUUAAUCUCAAAUUGUUUGGCUGUGUUAGAUGCCAACAUCUUCCACCGUUGGAUCAUUUACCUCUUCUUAAGAGUCUAGAGCUUUUAAGUUUAACGAAUUUGGAGUACAUAUCAGCAGAAGACAAGGUUAAGGACUUUGCGAGUGAUGAGAUGAUGAUGAUGUCAGCUGCUUCUCCAUCGCUCAAAUCACUUUCCGAUCUUACAAUUGGACGCUUCCCCAAUCUGACAUUACUACCAGAAGGGAUGGGCAACCUCAAAUCACUUCAGGAGCUUUGGAUAUUCGAUUGCCCUAAUUUGGCAUCACUCCCAGAAGGGUUUCGUUGCCUUGCCUCAUUAAAAAGGUUGACGAUUGACGGUUGCCCCAUCUUAAAGCAAAGAUGCCAGAAAGAAACAGGUGAGGACUGGUCCAAGAUUGCUCACAUCUCAAACAUCCGCAUUGAUGAUUUGUUGAUUGGGUAACAGCAGGUCACCAAGAAAGUGUGAUUAAAAGAAGAAAUUGAUUAGGCAUCCUGGCUUUGAUCAUACAAGUGACUCUCAGUUGUAAUUGUGAUGAAUUUAGUGUAGCGAGAUGGCUGGGUGGAGAGAGUAGUGCUUUGUCAUCUUGGAAUUGAAGAUGUCAGACAGUGCCCGAACGGAUGCUCCGCCUCACCGUUUUAAGCCAGUUCGAAAUUGGAUACUAUUCCUUUAUACAGAGAAGCAAAAACAAAGAGGGCAGAUUUUUCGGGUCCUGUGUGAGAAAUGAAGUUCCCUUGAACGGUGUGCAUGAGGGGAAUUGAAGUUCACUUGAACCCGUAUUCAUGAGCAUAAAUAAAAUACUGAAACGAACAUGACCAAGUGUUCUUUAAGCUUAGAUGGCGUUAUGGCUUAUGAAGAACUAGGAAAAGAAUAAUAGUUACUUCCAUACAUGUGCAGUGGAGAGAAGAAGAAACAGAUGGAGUGAAGAAAGCCAAUAGCCAUCAUUCAAAUGGACCUUGUAAGAGUACUGGAAAAUUGCAAGAGUGCCGAAAGAGUGUGGUUCGAAGUGUGCUCCAGUCUUGUGGGGCACUUCAGCAGUUGAGAGAGCUUCAGUAUCCCAAGUGUGGUAUCUUGUGCUUCUUAUUCAAUUACUGAAAAACCCUAGCAACCUCGUGGACGUAGCUCAAUUAUGAGUGAACCACGUAAAACUGUGGUGUUUGAUUUGUGUGUGAAUGUUUGUUUGUUUGUCCUUCAUUUAUCAAAUCUAAAUCAUUUAAUCACCCGGAUGGCUCACAAUCACCCAGCUGGAGGGACUGUGUUAGUUGUAUUAAGCAGUGCUUACAAAUU